AUGAACUCUACCUUGGAUGGUAAUCAGAGCAGCCGCCCUUUUUGCCUCUUGACAUUUGGCUAUUUGGAAACUGUCAAUUUUUGCCUUUUGGAAGUAUUGAUUAUUGUCUUUCUCACCGUAUUGAUUAUUUCUGGCAACAUCAUUGUGAUUUUUGUAUUUCACUGUGCACCUUUGUUGAACCACCAUACUACAAGUUAUUUUAUUCAGACUAUGGCAUAUGCUGACCUCUUGGUUGGGGUAAGCUGCUUGGUCCCUUCUUUAUCACUCCUCCACUACCCCCUCCCAGUAGAGGAGUCUUUGACUUGCCAGGUAUUUGGUUUUGUAGUAUCAGUUCUGAAGAGUGUCUCCAUGGCCUCUCUGGCCUGUAUCAGCAUCGAUAGAUAUAUUGCCAUCACUAAACCUUUAACCUAUAACACUCUGGUUACACCUUGGAGACUACGCCUGUGUAUUUUCCUGAUUUGGCUAUAUUCCACCCUGGUCUUCCUGCCUUCCUUUUUCCACUGGGGCAAACCUGGAUAUCAUGGAGAUGUGUUUCAGUGGUGUGCAGAGUCCUGGCACACCGACCCCUACUUCACCCUGUUCAUCGUGAUGAUGUUAUAUGCCCCGGCAGCCCUCAUUGUGUGCUUCACCUAUUUCAACAUCUUCCGCAUCUGCCAACAGCACACAAAGGAAAUCAGCGAAAGGCAAGCCCGCUUCAGCAACCAGAGUGGGGAGACUGGGGAGGUGCAGAGCUGUUCCGAUAAGCGCUAUGCCAUGGUCCUGUUCCGAAUUACUAGUGUAUUUUACAUCCUCUGGUUGCCAUACAUCAUCUACUUCUUAUUGGAGAGCUCCACUGGCCACAGCAACCGCUUCGCAUCCUUCUUGACCACCUGGCUUGCUAUUAGUAACAGUUUCUGUAACUGUGUCAUUUAUAGUCUCUCCAACAGUGUCUUCCAAAGGGGACUAAAGCGCCUCUCAGGGGCCAUGUGUACUUCUUGUGCAAGUCAGACCAUAGCUAAGGACCCUUACACAGUUAGGAGCAAAGACCCCCUUAACGGAUGCCAUAUCUGA